AUGUCGCUAGACGGAUCAGGACUAGGAGGGAUGGCUAUGGCGGAGGCUUACACGGCGAGGAAGUUUCACAGAGAGAGCAUGAAGAUUUUAACGGCAAACGCAGCCACAGCCACCGGUGGAAUAGAAGAGAACGGUGGAGGAUAUAGCCGGUGGUUCUUCGGAAAGCGGAGCACCAAGAAAAACUCGGCUAAAGUUAGACCAUGCGACUACAAGCAUCAGUAUCUAGGCUUUGAUACUCACAGCAUAGAAAUUAUUGGUUAUGAUUAUUCGGUUUCAGCAAGAACUGCCUACCCUAGGCCUGACACUCAGCAUCGACCUUCUCAGCAUAAUCUCUAUGAGAUGACGUGCCUAGGAAUCGGCAACUUUGCACUAAACUUUCCUUUCUCAUGUACACUUAUUUGCUAG